UAAUUAUUGAUUGAUCAAUUGCAUCGCUGUUGUUGUUGCAUGAUUGAGAAGUGUUGGUUGUAUUUUCGUUUUGGUCUUGUGAAAAGUUAUUCAGAAUGUCAAUGGAUACGCGAAAAACCACAGAAGUCUUGUUUGACACCUUUGCUGAUCACUUGGCUAAGCAUCUAGAAAAGAUCUGCUUUCAGGGCAACACUGAAGGAAGUAAAGAAGAAAGCCUGGUUGAAAACUUUGAUAGGAGUCUUCACUGGCACAAAUUAGGCCUUUGCUUCCAGUCAAUCUCAAAAGAAUGCACCAAACUUGCUGUUGGAUAUUCGAAGCCUCCUGCACCAGAUCUCAAAGAAUGCCAAUUGUUGAUAGAUUCAUUGAAAGAGGCUAUCAAUGUCUUAUGGGCAUGGUUUGACGCGUUUCCAUUAUCUGAAGGAAAAGCAUUACACCUGGAAUUGGCGAAGCUAGUCCAUUCACUUCUCGAGGCCAUUCAAGCAUUUAUACUGUCGAUAAAGGUUAAUGGUCCAUCAGAAUCGCAUGACCGGUUGCAGAAAACAGGAAAAGUCUGGGAAUAUUGCGAAUUGUUUGAAAAAGUAUCGAAAGACAAUAAAUCAGCUGCUGGAUUAAGACUGUUGCAGGCCUAUCAACUUGCAGACGAUGCAUUUACUGAACUCAAAGAGGAACUCAGUAUUGACGACAAUGAUCCGGAAAACGAAAGCUGGACAGAUCAGGACAAGCCUUUGUUUGAACCAUGUCUUGGCCUAAUUGAGUCAGCGAAGAAAACAUUGAAAAUGAUUGAAAGUUGUAUUAAGGUCAAAGGAGACGUGAAAGACCAGAAAAGCAUCGAACAAUUUGAUUUUAUUGUUGAAAUGGCUGACAAAAUUAGUCCUAGUGUGGAUGAUCUUGUUCUAUCGUUAUACCCACCAGUUGACCAUACCAAUGUCUUAACAAACGCGAAAUUGCUUGCUAGCACUUUAGAAGAGAUUAUUCAGGCUUCAAAAAGUCACCAUUAUAUGGAAGAAAAGUAUUUUCAUUGGCUGGAUGGGAUCAGCAAUGAUUUGAAAAAUCGCGUUUCGGUGCUGUGCGAGUUACCUUGACAAAAAAUAUAUCAGCGUCACUCUAAGAAAUCACGGCAGCUGAAGGUGAUGUCCAAAACGGGGACUUCGUUCGCUGCUGAAGUUCAGAAAGUUCACCCCCUUUCACCAUCAAACCAAGUUCUUAAAGUUCACUUAACAGACAAAGGAGAUAAAGCAUGGCGUGGCAAUAGAAUUGAUUUCGGUUUUUGUUCUACGGAGAUUAUACGGGAAGAGCAG